GUUAUCUACGACUUAUAUAUAUACACUCCGUGCUGGCGAUGUUUUAUUAUUAGUAGAUCGUCGAAGCUCGUUGCGAAUCGCCAUGGCCGCGCUCGUGACGACCCUCCCUGCGAUGCAGCUGGUUUGUAAUUUGGUGUUCGUCGGUAACGGUACCAAUUCCGCUUUGCCUCUACCGGGCGGAUCAAUAAACGCAUCGAUCCUCCCCGAAGGCUACAUCGCGUAUCCCGAGACCGGGGUAGCUUACAAAGUCCACGAUGAGAUCGUUUCAUGGUUUGUCGCCAAAGAAAAAUGCAGCCGGGAUGGCGGUAACUUGGCGGUGAUUGAUUCGCUCAAAAAAUUGGCAUUCGUCAAGGCUCAAAGAAGGUCGAGAGACCUCACGCACGUCGGUAUUAAUCGGAUAGAAGGAAUCAACGGAUGGCUGAGCGCAAAAACCGGUUUGCCACUGUCUAACAUACCGUGGGCACCGGGCGAGCCAAACGGAAGCGGAAACUGCGUACAAAUAAAACGAGAAGAAAAUGGACUCGGGGUAUACUCGUGCAUCGCACCAGGGGAUUACGUCUGCGAAAUUCCGAUCCCCGAAAACUACACUGCGCAGCUUUGAAAUCGAGGAAUUCAUGCCAGUAGUUAUGACAUAUUGUCCAACAGGCUAUACGUAUCAAACUUUCGUGUAUAUUAUUACAAUUUGUCGUAUGAUAAGCGAGAUAACAUCGAUUGACUCGAGCAUACCAGGGUAGAAGAGGUCUGGCAUUUGUGCGAUCUCUUGAGGAAAAAUAAAUGAAAACGUUUAACUGGAAUCCCAAUGUGAUAAUAAAGUUCGCUGGGUCAAGUCAGAAGGUCUUAAAAGCACGCACGCACCUCCAACUGACACUAGUUUCGAAGAAGUUUUCAUUCUCGGUAAAAAUGGCUUCCAUGAUGGCUUCGCUACCGCUCCACUUACUGUGUCAGUUAAUCGCGCCCAAUGUAACUACGAAUCAUAAUAAUCAUGGUACCCCUGUGUACCAGUUGCAACAACAGCCAAGUGCCAUUCUUCCGGAAGGAUACGUCGAAUACCCUGGGCAAGGAGUAGCCUAUAAGUAUCGUAUGGAAGAUUUGGUGUCUUGGAAAAAAGCUAGAGAACUAUGUGUUUCGGAGGGGGCUCAUUUGGCAGUGAUCGAUACCAGAGAAAAACUUGAAUACGUUAUGAGAUCUCACCCUACCCUUGCUUUUCAUGUGGGUUUAUAUGCAGCGUACGAUGACAACAAAGAUUGGGUCAGUGUUACUAGUGGAGGAGCGCCUAUGUUAAACCUACCCUGGCAAUCUACCGAGCCCGAUUCUACUUACAGAUGUGUUGUGGCUACAAAGGACGGACUCAGUAAUUACAGCUGUUCGGAUCACAAACGGUAUUUCAUAUGCGAACGUCCGAUUUCUUCCAGUGUCCCCGCGGGACCACGGACCACGGUGAAUGUCGCCGACAUCCACUAGAAUCGCGAACGCGUCGAGUGGCUUUUUCUUAUAUUUUUGAACAUGCCAAUUUUUUUCCAAUCUCGUCAUGUAUCUCAUAAUCACUCGCAUGGCCCUCGGAUGAAUUGGUUCAGGAUGAUCCUCGGAAAAUUAUUUCCCGAUCAUUGGUCAACAUUUUUUCUUCAAGAACCGUCAGCCGCGGGCACAAUUAUAUAUUUAGUGAAAUAUGCGCAAAUCCGACGCGAAACCGAUGAAUAAUUGCUACGAUCUCUUCCAAGUACAUGAUGUGUAUGAUCCAUUCUGUUUCGACAAACUCAAUACAAUGAUAAUAUAUGAUGAUCAAAAGAAAAGAAAAAUAACAGAAUGAUAACACGAGGA